GGAAAAAGCAAAAAAAAAAAAAAAAAACGUAGAUUUUAUUAUCAUUUCCUCUUCGUAGCCUGAUCGGAACUGCCUAAAUUGGAUGUGUCUAGGGAGUUAGGGGAGACAUUGUCGUACACGUGUAAGUGGAGACGUUGUUGGUGAGUAUUGAUUUAAUUGUCCCGAUGAACGAUCAAAUAGGUGGUGGUGUUACGAUAUCUGACGAUCGAACGUUUCGCCGUUGUUCGUUUUCGUUCGGCUCGGACUUGGCGAGCGGCGGGGACGCUCCGGGGGGGUUGUCGUUUCGGUUCCUUCGGAGCGAAGGAGGAGCGCGGUCGCGAGAAAGCGAGGAUCACUUGUUCGGUCGUGAUUGGGAAGCGACCGACUGGUUCGAAUCGAACUGGGUGGAGGCGAGUUUGAUGGGAAAAGGAAACGAGUGGAGCAUCGGCUUCGGCGUGGGCAUGGGCGGUGUUUGUUGCGACGAGGCGUACGAUGAAGAGGCGCUCGGAACAGGAGCAAACAUGAUCUAUUUGAUAGACGAAAAAUUCGCCUUAGAAAAAAAUGGAGAAGACAUCAUAUUGUCCGGCUGUUUGCACGAAAGCGUCCUGUUGGACGAGGCGAGCGUCGGAUCCGGGCGCGAGUCAUUCGAGGCCCACGGAGCACAAGGCGGGGAUUCGGGCGGACUAGACGACUUGAGGCACUUGAUGCUGUCGGACCGAAGCAACCUAGAUGAUCACCGCGACAGAUUCGGGCAAUCGAACGAGGCGACGCCUGAAAUCACCAUAAACCCGCACGAGUUGAGAGUCCUCGACGAGGUCGCUGUCGAGGUGGAGGAAAACAGGCCGAAGGUCGACGAAGGGAGCAAAUCGAGCGAAAACAAAUGCGGCGAAAAAAAGGAAUCUCGUACAUGUUGGUACUUCUUAAAGGGAAACUGCAAAAAUGAGCGAUGCAGCUUUUUGCACGAGGAAACCCGGCACGAGCAAUUAAACAAGUCCUUGCAUUGUCCAAAACCAAACGCGUCCAAGAACGCGCCAUCCGCUCGCGCAAAGGAUACUGACGCUCAUUCGUCAAAGCACACUCGAGUCGACCGUCGCGGAAAGAACUCAAACGGCACCUCCGUGACGAGAACGAUGUCCAUCACAGAAUGCGUGGGCAGGAUCUAUUCGAUGGCGAAGGACCAACACGGAUGUCGGUUCUUACAGAAAAAGCUGAACGAAGACAAGACGCCCCUAACGUGCAAACUGGUCUUCGAAGAAUUGCUCCCACACAUCGUCGAGCUGAUGCUAGACCACUUCGCGAACUACCUGUGUCAAAAGUUCAUAGAGAAGUGCUCGGUGAACGAGCGCCUGAAGAUCCUACGAACCAUAUCCGGAGAACUCGCGAAAAUCGGAAAGGACAUGUACGGCACCCGAGCGCUGCAAAAGCUGAUCGACCACCUGAACACGAAAGACGAGAUCGAAAUCAUGCGCGAAGGCCUAAAGGACAACGUUGUCUACCUGAUCGAGGACUUGAAUGGAAACCGCGUAAUCCAAAAAUGCAUCCACAAAUUCGGAUCGGAACAUAACCAAUUCAUCUACGACACCAUCGCCAAGCAAUGCGUUCGCAUCUCGACCCAUCGUCACGGAUGCUGCGUCAUGCAGUGCUGUCUCGACUAUUCCACCGACCAACAGCGCGCUCAACUCGUCAACGAGAUCAAGAAGAGCGCAUUCGACCUCGUACAAGACCAAUUUGGCAACUACGUAGUCCAAUACGUCCUGGACCUCGGCAUCGACUCCAUCUUCGAGUCCCUCUCCUCCAUCUUCUCGAAGCACCUAUUCUACUUCUCCACUCAAAAGUUCAGCAGCAACGUCAUCGAGAAGUGCCUGAAAAUUGACAGCGGGAAAUUGGUACGAACCAUUUCCAAAAAACUGGCCGAACUCUGUUGUACGGACCUUUCUGCCAUUCGCGGACUUCCAGACGGCUUCAGAGACGACCCCCUCGUUUUCCUUCUCCAACACCCGUACGGAAACUACGUCAUCCAAACCAUCCUCCAAGAAGCGUCCGUCAAGGCAGUGGCCGAAUGGCGCUCGCUCGCCCAUCACAUUCGGUCCCGCCUAAACCAACUUCGAAACACGCUGUACCUUCGACGCAUCCAAGUCCUCCUCUCCAACAGCCCAGACGGCAGCGCCAGCCGCACCAAGAAGUUCAGUCGCUCUUCUCCCAGACGUAGAACCGACAAGAAAAGACGAACAAAACCCCACUAACGCGCGCGCGUCUCCCACAUCAAGGGGAACUCAAAACCUCUUUUGUAAAAAAAAAGUCAACCGCCAACCCGUCAAAUUGGCGCUCGCUUUAUUUCUCAGGUCGUCUGCGCUUCUGCGCUCUCCGCCUGCGAAGUUUGACAUUGCGUGAACGCACUUUGUCGGCCCAUUUUGUUGCGCACGAAGAGGACCAUUUUGUCCAAAUUUGUACCUAAUUACAUUUUAGACUCGUGAAUUUGUCACUCUAAUUUGGCGGGAAGUGAAAACACCUCGCGUGCGGAAA